AUGCGUAGCCACAGCAUCAACGACGGCAACAGUAGCAAGAAGAAGCGGACAUCUGGCAGCAGCAACAACAUCACCUGCAGCAGCAGCGCUGCUGUAUCUCCAGACGACUUAAACUCAACCACGCAAGGCCUCUGCUUCACAGAGGCUCCCUCACUUUAUUUGCAGCAGCACAUAGAGGCAGAGCAAGAGCAACAGCAGCAAGAACAGCAACAGGAGCAACAGCAACACCAGCAGCAGAACAAGUGUUCUUCAAGGCUACCCUCGGGAGGCGGCAACAACAAAGAAGACUUUUCACCUCGCGACAGCAGCAAAUGCAAGCAGCACCAGCAGCACCAGCAGCAGGAGCAACAACAGCAGCAGGAAGAGCAGCAGCAACAGCAGCAGCAAGGGAAGCGGCAGCAGGAGCAGCAGAAGUUGCAGCAGAAAGAAAUGGCGAAGUUGCUAAACCCAUUGAUAGACCCUGUGGAAGAUACUUGCACAUCCCGCGAGAGCAGCGAAGCAGAUGAACAGCAGCAGCUGCUGCUGCUGCCGCUGCAGCAACAACAGCAGGUGUUGCUGGAACAGGUGACUCCGCCCCUACCGGUGGAGCAGCGGGCGACGGCCCGCAUGCGUCGCCAGCAGAAACAGGAGCAGCUGUGGCAGCAGCAGCAACAGCAGUGGCAGCAGAAACAACAACAACAGCAGCAGCAGCAGGCAUUUGAGCUGGCAGCAGACGCUGAGGAGCUGCAGCGGCGGCAGCAACGGCUGCACCGAGAAUGGGGGAAGGGGCCUAUUUUCUGUAGGGCCCCUAACGAGAUGAGCAGCGCAGUCAGCCUACAGGAGCUGCAGCAGAGGCUUCACAAACUGCAGCAACAGCAGCAGCAGCAACAACAACAGAAACAGCAGCCAGAAGGAAGUCCGCCUAUACACAAGUGCAGCAUCAAGGAUCAGCAGCAGCGCAUAUGUGGCUGCGGCAACAGCAGCAGCAAUAGCAGCAGCAAUGGCAGCAGCAGUAGCAGCAGCAACAGCAGCAGCAGCAGCAGCUGCUGCUGCUUGGGGGGAAAGUUGUGCAGGGCCCGGCUGCUGCUGCUGCAGCGCAGGCAGCAGCAAGAAGCAUGGAGGCACCUGUGGCGGGACUCAGCUCAGGAGGAGUUUCGGGCGUUGCGGCAGUGCUGCCUCGUCCAGCGACGCAGGCUUGCAGCAGCAGAAGCAGCAGCAGCGACAGCAACAGCAGUAGCAGCAGAACCAGAAGCCGCAGACGAAGCAGAAACAGGAGAAGCGACAGAAGCAGAGAGGGCCCCUGAUGCCUCUUCGCAUGUAGCAGAACAAUCUGCUGCAGCUGUGCACAUUGCUGCCCCAGUUCCUGCUACCGCUGCACCAGCAGCUGCAGCUGCUACUGCUGCUGCACCUGCUGCUACCGCGGCAGAAGCUGCAGCUGUUGCGUCCGCUGCUUCAGUUAGAUGCCAGCAAACAGAGGCGGAUAGGUUUCUGCUGCAGUUGCUACUGCAGAACCUUGCAGCAGCGGCAGCAGCAGCCGACACAUCGGAGGCUACUGUUUGUUGCGCAGCAUUAGAACGGUUGCUGCAGCGGUUGGCAUCGGCAGCAGCAACGCCAGAAACAACGGCAGAAGAUCAUACUGCUGCUGCUGCUGGGGCAGGUGAUCGCCAGCUGCUGCAGCACACUCUGUCUUGUAGGCUGCUGCUUGCUGCAGCAGCUGGUGCUGCUGCAGUUAGCACCGCCAGCAGCAACACUGGGGCUGUUCUCACCUUGGUAACGAGCUUGCAGCAGACGUUCCAGCAACACCAGCAACAGCAGCAGCAAGUGCAGCAGCAAGAAUCGAAGGAACAACAGCAAUUAACGUGUACGGCCACCUGGGCUCGAGGCUUCGCCGCAAGUCUGCGGCUGGGAAACUUCAGCCGUGCAUUCAAGUUGCUGCUGCUGCUGCAGCAGCAGGUGCAGCAGCAGCACAGCAGCUGCAGCAGCGACAUAAUGUGCCUCUGUUGCUGCAGUAGCCCCGGCAUGCUCCAGGAGGAGGCGCGUGCUGCAGUCCACCUUCCCAUCGAGGAGCAGCAGCAGCAGCAGCAGCACAACCAAGGCCAGCAGCAGCAGAAGCAGCAGCAUAGUCAAGAGAUGCAGCAGCAACAGCAGCAGCAGCAGCAGCGUCAAGAUAUACAGCAGCAGCAGCAGCAGGUGCAGAGCAAUGAUAUGCAGCAGCAGCAGCAGCAGCAGCUUCUUGACUUGAGUUUGGCUCUCUUGCCGAUGCUGCAGUCAGCAUUUGUGGAGCUGUUGCUCCUUGCGGGACCUCAGAAACACAGGGAAGCAGCAGCAGCAGCCGCAGCGGCUGCUGCUGCUGCAGGGCACGAUGUAGCGCCCAAACCUGAGCCUGUCGAUCCUACUGUGGACAACUCUUUGAACGGCAGCAUGCUGCUGCAUCACCUGCAGCAGCAGCAACAGCAACAACAGCAGCAGCAGCGGUGUGAGGCAGAAGCUCUCCUGAAGAGCCUGCCUGUGAGCGUGCGGCGGCAGCUUCUCAUCUUGUAG